CUGCAUUGGAUGAUUGAUAGGCAUUUUCACUUUUGACAUUUUGAUUCUUUCAUUGUUCACAUGUCCGCUCAUUCGGCAGCAAAGAAUCCUUGACCAAUCAUUCCAUGUGGCCAUGGCGAACGGAAGUUUCCCAGCUGCUCAUGCUGGCGACGACGCUUUUGGCCCAGCGAGUUCCACGAGAGAUUUUGAUUUCACUCUGACUUUCGAGCAAAGUAUUUUGACUGUUCUACCCUCUGUGCUGUUUAUUGGAGCCGCAUCUUUUCGCCUGGCGCAAUUGUUCCGAAGGAAUUCUCGCACCUUACCUCACUAUCGCCACACACUCAAGACGAUUACCGCGACAGGAUACAUAGUCCUCCAAUUGGCAUUAAUAGUGCUAUGGUCAACAUCUUAUCCUAACAGACCUUUCAUGAGUAUUCCUUCUGCUGCAAUUUCUUUUUUUGCGUCAGGCAUUAUCUUGUUACUUUCUCAUUUCGAAGAUCGAAAGGCGGCAAGGCCAUCGACACUGUUGAAUGUAUACCUUCUACUCUCGGUAUUGUUCGAUGCAGCCGCAGUCCGAAGUUUGUGGACUGUUAAAUACAAUCAUGUCGCCGCCGUCCAGAGCGCCAGCAUUGCCGUCAAAAUCGGCAUGCUUUUCUUGGAGGCGAAGCAAAAGAGCCAAUAUCUUCUGCAUCCUUAUAGAGAUUACCCUCCCGAAGCUACGAGUGGCUUCUGGAACUUGAGUUUUGUUUGGUGGCUGAACAAACUCUUUGUCACAGGGUUUCAAAAGCUCAUGACAACUCAAGAUCUUUUCGACAUAGACCGCAACUUAACAUCCAAGGUGGCAGGACAUAGAUUAAAAGAUUCUUGGGAUGACCAGGCAUUCGAAACACGAUAUGGGUUGCCUCUGGCAGUGGCUUGGUGCUUUCGGUGGACACUCUUAGCUGCAACCUUCCCUCGUCUAUGUCUGAUUGGCUUCAACUUCUCCCAGCCCUUCCUGAUAGUUGCGGCGAUUGAGAAUUUGAAGAACCAAGAAGCGACCAAGAAUGAUGGCUAUGGAUUAAUUGGCGCUGCAUUCCUCAUAUACAUGGGUAUCGCGAUUUCAACUGUACAUUUCAAUCAGAAAUUCUCUAGGUUUACUACCAUGCUAAGAGGAGGAAUGAUUUCGCUACUCUACAACAAAACAUUGCAGCUGCAAGAAAGCUCAAGUACCCAAAGUGCAGUUCUUACGCAUAUGAGUACUGAUCUUGACAACGCAAUCGAAUUCUUGGAGAAAAUUAACAAUAUAUGGGCUUGCGUACUGGAAAUUGUAAUUGGAACAUGGUUGUUAGAGCGCCAAAUCGGCGCGGCGUUCGUUGUGCCCCUGAUUGUUGCACUUGCUUGUGUUGUUGGGCAAGGGAAGGUUGCCAUGUCCAUCGGCAAGUACCAACAGCAAUGGAAUGAAGCUAUACAACAACGUGUGAAGAACACAUCGUCGAUGCUCGGCGCAAUAAAUGAAAUCAAAAGAACAGGACUUGGAAGCAAAAUCUCAACCAACAUCCAGAAAGAACGAGAGCAAGAGCUUAAGAUCUCCCGGCCAUUUUUCUGGGGUAUCGUUUGGCUAAAUGGACUUUCGGAUUUUCCUAAAGUCUGGGCACCUGCCAUUUCUUUCCUCGUGUUUGCCAUUCAAGCCAAAGUUAGAGAGAAAGACUCAUUGACCACUGCACAAGCUUUCGCCGCCUUGAGCAUCAUCACCCUUGUCACGUCACCCGCUGAGCAGUUACUCGCGGUCAUACCGCAGCUCGCAGCUGCACUAGGUUGCUUCGAUCGUUUACAAGCAUACUUGAGAUCACCAUCAUUACAGGACUCUCGAAUCCAGACAACCACUAGAACGAGUUCUUCAUCGACGAACGACGAGAAAGACGGAAGCAAACACGCCACUUUACAAGAUUCGUCGAUAUUAGACUAUGCUCUAUGUGUGGACAAUGUCACCGUCUGCCCAGCUCCAACUGUGACAGAAGUAGCGUUACAGAAUAUCAGUUUCGCGCUCGAAGCUGGCUCGCUUACUGUUCUGCUUGGGCCAAUUGGCUCUGGGAAGUCAACAUUGCUCAAAGCUAUCCUCGGAGAGUUGUUGUGUAAGACCGGCGAAAUCAAGGUGAACUCGAAGAAAAUCGCAUACUGCAGUCAGUCGCCAUGGUUGAUGAAUCUUACCGUCAAGGAAACUAUAUGUGGAUCCAUGAGCUCGGCGGAGGCAGAUGCAGAUCGGGAUCCAGAGUGGUAUCAAACAGUUCUACACGCUUGCACUUUGGACCAAGACAUUCAUCAAUGGCCUAAAGGUGAUCAAAGUGUGGUCGGGAGUAAAGGAAUCACACUUUCUGGCGGGCAGAAACACCGCGUGGCUUUGGCUCGCGCAGUAUAUACCCGGCAACCUAUCAUUCUGUUGGAUGAUAUUUUCAGCGCGCUCGAUAACAAAACCCAAGGUAUAUUAAGCAACCGACUGCUAUCAAGCGAUGGACUUUUCCGUCGACUCUCAACUACCGUGAUCUUCGUCACGAACACUGUGAAAUAUUUACGUUUCGGGGACAGAAUUCUUGUGCUCGGCACCUCGGGGCACCUAGUCAUGCAGGGGACUUAUCGCGAACUGAGCAACAUGAAAGAGUUUGCGGCAUACGCAACUGAGCUCGUCGAGCUAUCAACCGAAUCAGGCCCACCAGCUCCAGAAUAUCCUUCUAACUCAAAUGAAGCAUCGGAGGUGAUUGAGACAGACAAGAUGAUGGACUUGACCAGGCGAACUGGUGAUCUCAAAAUCUACAAAUACUACAUUCGUAAUGUGGAACCAGUUGUUUGGAUUGGCUUUGUGAUUACGACAGCCCUGGUAGCGUUCGCUGAAAAUUUCCCUGUCGUCUGGUUGAACUGGUGGGUGCAGGCAGGAGGCAAACAUUUGUCGCUUUACUUGCCUGUCUAUGCCGCCCUGGCUCUGCUCGCAACAACUUCUUCAAUGCUCUCUAUAUGGGUGAUGUUCAUGAAUCUUAUGCCACGAGCUGCAAUCCGGCUCCAUCACAUCCUGCUGCAAACAGUCAUGAAUGCACCACCGUCAUUUUUCGCAAAAACGGAUUCCGGUGUGGUCUUGAAUCGGUUCUCUCAGGACAUGAGCUUAGUCGACCUCCAACUACCGAUAGCCGCAAUCACAGUCCUUGGCUCUCUCUUUGGCUGCAUCGCCCAGAUCGCUUUGAUAUCUACAGGUUCUUCUUACAUGGCUUUGACAAUACCGUUCACGCUUUUGGCAAUCUACUGUAUCCAAAAUGUCUACCUCAAAACGAGUCGCCAGCUUCGUUACCUUGAUCUAGAGAACAAGAGUCCACUGUUCACACAUUUCAUGGAGACCCUUGACGGUCUCGCUACGAUACGCGCUUUUGGCUGGGAGACUAAAGCUAAACAGACACUCGACAGCCACCUGGAUCACUCGCAAAAGCCAUAUUACAUGCUCCUCUGCAUUCAGCGAUGGCUAAAUCUCGUAUUGGAUCUAUUGGUUACAGCGCUCGCCGUGAUUGUGAUAGCGCUGGCUGUCAAUCUGAAAAGCACUACAGCAGCAGGCUUGUUAGGUCUAUCGUUGAACAACAUCCUCGGUUUCAACAAGUCGCUUUCGAAGUUAGUCACCUCUUGGACAUCGCUUGAGACCUCUUUGGGAGCAGUCGCCAGAGUCAAAACAUUUGCGGAGACGACUGAAUCCGAAGAGAAGCCUGGCGAGAGCCUUGAACCACCAGCUGGCUGGCCAUCAACAGGGUCUAUGGAUAUAGAUGAUGUUACUGCUACUUAUGGUUCCAACAUUCUUGCCUUGGAUGGGAUUACAAUGAGCAUCAAGGCUGGGGAGAAGAUAGGAGUUUGCGGUCGUACAGGAAGCGGCAAAACCUCGUUGCUCAAUGCUAUACUUCGCGUCGUACCAAUCUCCUCGGGCUCUAUCAAAAUAGAUACUAUCGAUAUCAACACCAUCUCUCCCAACAGCCUUCGGCAAAGACUUACAGUUGUCCCUCAAGAAUCAUUUAUCCUCCCCGGUACCGUUCGUGUCAAUGCCGAUCCUCUCGGUCUUGCUUCCGAUACCAUGAUCAUCGCCGCGCUGAGAGAUGUCGGAAUUUGGGACGCGUUGGAAGGCCAAACUGAGGGUAGCGACCGAAGUGGUCUCGACACAAUUUUACUUGAGAGACCCCUCUCGCAGGGCCAACAGCAGUUAUUUGGUCUUGCACGGGCGAUGUUGAGGGAUAGUGCUGUUGUGAUUAUUGAUGAGGGGACGAGUAGUGUGGAUAGCGAGACUGAUAUCUUGAUUCAGAAAGUGAUGAGAGAGAAGUUCAAAGAUCGUACGGUGAUAUGCGUGGCUCAUAGGCUUGAUACUAUCAGAGAUUGUGACAGGAUCGCUGUGAUGGAUGGUGGCAAGUUGGUGGAGUUCGACAGCCCUCAAGAAUUGCUUGCACGGGAGAGUCUGUUCAAGGACAUGUACUGUGCUUAGAAGUCGGAUAGACUAGAUGAUAUGCUACAAUAGAGCUAGACUGUAAACACAUGGAAACAAUGUCCCAAAUAUUCAAUUACC